AUUGCAUGCUGGGUAAGACGUCAUCCAGCCGCCAUAGCUGUCUUUCGGUGCCGGCUGAAGGAGAGAGUCAGGAAUCAUGAGAGGAAUCCGGCCUCUGAACAAUAUCUCCAAACGCUGCUAUGCCGCUGCCAGAAGGAUCGACGCGCUGACUGAGCCCCUCGGUGGCCUUAAACCUGCCACAGCUGCACCUCUAACCCCCCAAAAUGUUCAGGUGUCCAAGCUCCCAAACGGUUUGGUUAUCGCGUCGCUGGAGAACAACUCCCCGCUGUCGAGUGUCGGCGUGUUCGUGAAAGCCGGCAGUCGCUAUGAGACGAUGGAAAACCAGGGUGUCACCCAUGUGUUGCGACUGGCAGCAAACCUGACAACAAAGGGUGCAUCUGCCUUCAAGCUCUGUCGCAGUCUGGAAGCAGUCGGAGGCAGCCUGAGUGUGACUUCAUCAAGAGAGGCCAUGGUCUACAGCGCAGACUGCUUGAGGAAAGACAUAGAUUCAUUACUGGAGUUUCUGGUCAGUGUGACCACAACUCAGGAGUUCCGGCCGUGGGAGGUACACGAGCUGACGACCAGAGUGAAGAUCGACAAGGCCCUGGCUGAGCAGUGUCCGCAGAUAUCUGUUGUCGAGACAUUGCAUGCAGCAGCAUACAAAAGCGGCCUGUCCAACUCUCUAUACUGCCCUGACUACAUGGUUGGCCGCGUUUCCUCUGAGCAGCUGCAUUCAUUUGUUGAGGACACUUUCACCAGCAGCAGAAUGGCUCUCGUCGGCCUCGGUGUAAAACACUCCGUCCUGAGGCAAGUGGGCGAGGGGCUCCUGAGCGCUCGCAGCGGGUCCGGAGCGCCCGUGGCUCAGUCCCUGUACCGGGGAGGCGAGCUGCGGCUGCACAACAACGACGACCUGGUGCACGCCCUGAUCGCCAGCGAGGGCGGCGUGAUGGGCACCGCCGAGGCGAAUGCCUUCACGGUGCUGCAAAGGAUUCUGGGAGCAGGCCCUCAUGUGAAGAGAGGCUCCGGCCUCUCCAGCAAACUCAACCAGGGUAUCGCCAAAGCUACUGCGAAGCCGUUUGAUGCCACUGCCUUCAAUGCCUCGUACUCUGACUCCGGCCUGUUCGGCGUCUAUACCAUCGCACAAGCCGACUCUGCAGGAGAGGUGAUCAACGCCGCCGUUGCUCAGGUGAGAGGUGUGGCAGAGGGCGGGCUCUCAGAGGCUGACGUCCUCAACGCAAAGAACCAAGUGAAGGCGGAGUACCUGAUGUCUUUGGAGACGUCUGAAGGCCUGCUGGAGGAGCUGGGCAGUCAGGCUCUGGCCACUGCAGCGUACCAGGCCCCCGAAACCGUCCUCCAGGCCAUAGACGCCGUCACCCAGGGCGACGUGGUCAAUGCUGCGAAAAAGUUUGCGGCUGGCAAGAAGACCAUGGCAUCGACCGGACAUCUCACCAAUACGCCGUUUGUGGACGAAGUAUGAACACAACGUUUAAGAACAGCUAUUUUACCUCUCCCGUGCGGCGCCUGGCGGUUU